CACCCUCUUCCCUCCCUUCCCCUUGCCGCCCAGCACUAUUUAUAUCGCAAUUUAAACGAGCAAGGCGAAAAGCCUCCUUUUGUCGCUCAAUUUCUCGUUAUUUUUUCUACGAAUCCUCACUUUUCCUUUGUUUUCUUUUCCGCUGGUCUUUCGCUCGACGAAAAUUUCCGUGUCACGCGCAAUCGACAAUAACGAGUUCUACACGCUCAUGGCCGUCCGUAUAAACACACAGACACGCUCGCGCACUCACACUCUCGCAAUUUCUUUGUUUUUCUUCGAUUUAACUUGCGAAGCACCAAGUUUUCCAAUCAUUCAUUCGUCUUCAAUGAAUUGUCCGAUUUCGGUCGACACGUUUUCGCUUUUAAUUUUACGCUUUUUUUUACAUUAGCUUUGUACUUUUAUUGACGACACAAAAAAGCACACGGGGACGGGUGUUUUUUCACGGAACCGCACACUCUACGAAAUUUACAACGCGCGGAACUACGCGUGCGCCCCUGUCUAUGUGCGAUUUUUCUAUGUAUGCUUGUGUGUAUAUUUGAGAGUUAUGACGUCACGGAACCUCGAGACACCAAGCCGUUACGAACAGUUACGAGAUAUUCGGCGUUUCGUGCUCAUGUAUGAGUGCUCUCUGUGUGUUCUACUGCUACUGCUCUUCUGUGUUUUUCCCCUUUGUGUGCGUGCUUCGAACGGACGAAUAGAAACGUUUCUUUCCCUCCCGCUUUGCCCACUCCUCCCCCUCCCCGCAAACCCCACUUCCUUAUUCCUUUUUCUCCUUUUAUAUUUUUACUUAUUUACGAAGCCCCGAUCAAUACAAUGUUGACAACUUUUUCACAACACUUUUCAUCAACUUUGUUUAUUUUUAGUCUAUCAAUGGAAGACGGAAUUCAAUGAAAGUUGAUUUUUCAUUUUGUUGUUUUCUACGAAUCCACCUAACAUACCACGUCCCUCCCCCCACCCCUUCACCCGAGCGAGAGGUCACGACGUGUAAAUAUUGAUGUUUUUGAUACUCGCUGGAUUGUUGACCGCGUGCCCGGCUCUUUCGCAUACACACCAACACUCGGAUCGCAACGCUCCUCGCGGAAUUUUUGCUGAAGUUUUCUUCCAGAACGUCCGCGAUGAUUAUUUUCGUUUUUUCGGCUUGUGCAUUAUGAUCUGCGAGAAAUUUCUCUACAAUUACUAUUUUGACUUGUGUUGUUCCGGGAUUUUGACUGUUGCCGAAAUUGCGAUUCAAACUAAUCUCAGGGAGAUAAUUUUUUCAACCGUUCUACAACACAAGAAUCGUGACGAAUUUUAAUCACUUUUCCCAACUUGACGUGUUAAACGUCAAAACAUAGACAUAACCUCAAAAAUAACAAAUCAAUAGUGUUUUGUUUUUUUACCACAGUUCCAUUUUUUUUAUUCAUUUUUUUUCGUUAUCAAUUGAUUUCAUUGUUAAUGGGAGACACUAGUUUUGUAUCUACGGAAAUUUAAGGAUUAACCAUCAUGCUACCAAAUUUGAAUAGCGAUCACAAAAAACAUCUCUUGUUUCUGGCAGAACAGACUCCCCAAGUUUUGCAGGAUUUCUGCAAACUGGCCAUCGAUUAUCUGCAAAAAGGGCCAAAUUUGAAGCUUUAUGCUGCCGCUGCACAAAAACUUCAGGUGGAGCCAGAAAUCAUAAGAAGUUUGACGGAAGGUUUGAUCAAUUUACUGCUAGAGUCGAGCAAGCAAAAAUUAGCUGAGGAUCAAUUCACUAAAUUGAUAAACUCUCUUGGUUUCCAAGAGGAGAGAGAAACGAUUUUACUAAAACUGUACGAAACUGAGAGAUUGAAAAUAGAUUCAGCCCUGUCAAAAAUUGGCUUGCAAUUGCCCCGAUAUCACAACUUGGAAUGGAGAUUUCAAGUUCAGCUCGCAUCUCGUUCGCUCCUCAAUCAAUUAUCUCCAAUUUUUGUGAUCGACUUGAUGCUCAAAACUGGAGAGAACUCUGACGACAUUAAGCACGUCGCUUUGCAGAGCGAUCCAUCGAAUCUGCUGAGGUUGAGCCAGGAAUUGGAGAGCGCCAUCGCAGAUUCUCAGAGCCAACAUGCGCGUAGCAUCAAACGCAGCAUCAAGUGAUAGUUUUUCUCUACGAUUUUUCUACUUUAAAAAGUGUGCAAAUAAUUGUCUUUGUUAUCAAUGUUUAAGUAACAGUAAUUGCUAAGAAUGAAUUCAUAUUUUCUACGAGUUUUGAUAAGUUUGAAUAAACAGUGAGAGAUCAAGAAAA